AUGUCAGAAGACUUCCUGCUACACUGGCCCUAUCUUGAUGAGGUGUACUACCGCCCUAUCAACUUCACUGACCACUGCUUCAAAAUACCCCCCUCGGCAAACAUUGGAACGAUGCCUUGCAGUCACUCAAUGUGUGUGACAGUUAUAGAGCCGAGAAUUCUGGCAGGUCAACACAUCGGUAACAAUAUUAUACGUGGAUGCUUUUCUGGUGUCUUCAAAUAUGGAUCGACACCAAAAUCACAGAGUCAGCAGGUGCUAGAUACAUCGUGCACACGGAUGCCGGCUCACAAACUCCUCCCACCACGACUAGCAGCCAGGAGUAGUAAUAGGACAGUUGAAUUAUGUUGGUGUGCCGGUCAACUAUGCAACUACUACCCAAGUGUUGCAAUCAACCAUAGCGCUUCGACAAAUGUGAUAGCUUCAUUAUUCAUUUUCCUGGUUCUGGUGAUAUUCACGACAUUUUUGUAG